AGUUACGGCUCUCACACUCAAAGAGCUCAGCUACUGUGGUCUAAUAGUUGCUUGGCUUGCUCGUCUACUAAUGGCCUCCACGGGGGAGAAUAAAUCGCCGUCGAGCGAUCAGUCGGACGAGAGACAGUGUCGGAUAUGCUUGGAUGGCACGGACGAUACGCUAGGACGCCUCAUUCGUCCUUGCCUUUGCAAGGGCUCCAUCAGUUACGUGCACGUCAAGUGCCUCCAGCGCUGGCGCAACUCGUCUCCUACGGCGUCAGCCUUUUUCACCUGCCCCCAGUGUCAUUACCAAUACCGAUUCGCUCGCACUCAGAUAGUGGGGCUCGCGACUAACCCCGUCGUCAUCGCCGCCCUCUCGACCGUCUUCUUCGUCCUCCUCGUCCUUGCGUCAUCCACCAUCACGACCACCUUCAUAUCCGCAUUUGACGAUACCUAUGACUCCGAACCAUCGUACUCCUAUUGGUCGCUCUCCUCGUACUGGUACAACCCGAUUGACGUCGGCCACGACCUCGUCCGCGUGGGCCUUCGCAUCAUUCAAGAUGAAUCUGGCGGGCUCUUCGAUGCCGAUACCCUAUUCUCCACCCGCGCCCAGGCGGAAGGCUCGCUCGAACCACCGUCUCCUCCAGGAAUCAUGAAGCGCCUCUUACGCCGCUUCGUUUUAGGGCUACCCGUCGUCGGCGCCGGCUCGCUCGUGCAUAUGCUCCUUUCCCUUCCGUUGCUGACACCCGUGCAUUGGCUCGCACGCUUUCGAGGCGGAAGGAGCAGGCGCAACUCAGGCUCCCGCGACACGGCGGCGGUCGUCAUCAUCAUUUUGUUGAUUGGUGCUCUACAAGGUCUAUCGACUGACGGAGAACUUGUCCAAGCGGAUCCUGCUCCGUGCCGAGGACAUCAUCCUCGAGGUCGGCCAGGUUUGAUACCCCCACCAUCUGCUUGCGCGUCGUCGGCCCCCAUUGUCGUGUCUUCGUCCGCGAGCGCGAGCGCGCUCGCAUCUCGCAGAUGGAGUGGGGCUGUUUUGACUUAUUUAUUUCGCGCGAUGUUUCGGGGUUUCGUACUCGUUCUCACAAUCUUCUGACCCAGCUCUGUUGUACACUACUGCCACACGGCCUGUUACCUUGGACC